UUUUGUUUACCUCGACUCGACUUGGGAAAACAUUCAUGAACUCGGCGGAUGUUUUUGAAACAAAAAGGUUUUUUUCUUUUCUAUUACCUACACACGUUGGUUAUUUGUGCGGAAUGGAAGAAUUCAGCCAAAUAAAGGUGGAAGAAUUCACUUCCACAAUAAAGGUAGAAGAGGUUCUUUUAUCAGAAGCUGUGACUGCGGAAGAGGAAAUUACACUAGGUAUCAUCGAUCGGUGCUCCGGUGAACCGACCGUAACGAACGCCCUAGAGAGAAGUUCAACGAAUAUAAAACAAGAACCUGUAACAAACAUCACCGAUGAAGCGGAGACUGAGGCAGUUGGCGAUGUUAUUGCAGUUUCUGGUUCCAGACACAAUACCAGCGUUCGUGAUCGUUCGCGGAAAAAGUUCACAUGCGAGUUCUGCAACAAAGAUUUAAGCUCAAAAUACUGCUUGGAUGAUCAUAGAAGAAUACAUACCAGGGAACGUCCUUUUGUGUGUGAUAUCUGUGGUAUAACGUUUCGCACAGCUCUACGUAUGCGGAACCAUAAGAAUGCGCAUACAGGAGACCGGAAUUAUGAGUGUGACAUUUGCAAGCAACUUUUUUCCCUAAAAUCAUAUUUAUCAAACCACAUGAAGAUACACCGCACAGAUUGCCCUUAUAAAUGUGUGACCUGCGGUAAAACAUUCGCAGAUAACAGUAGUCUCGUGGAACAUAUGCGCACUCACAGCGAUGCGCGACCCUUUAAAUGCGACAUCUGUGACGCAACGUAUAAGAGACGUAGUAUUCUGAAAAACCAUAUGAAGAUCCACAAGGUCGAGCCAUCCCCAGGCAACACAGAAAAUUUGGAGCCAAAUCAGACUGAUAACAGCCGAAGUGAAGGAUCAGUGAAAUACACCUGUGACAUAUGUGGUAAACAGUACAGACAAUUUAGAGCACUUCACUUACAUCUGGAGCUUCAUCAACGCACCACCUUGAGCAACGCAAAACUACACGAGUGUACGAUUUGUGGGAAAGCUCAUCGGCAUAGAGCAGAACUCAUAACGCACAUGAGUUCUCAUACUGAAGAACGGCCUUUUAAAUGCGGUAUUUGCGGUUUAUCAUUCAAAUCAGCGCGAGAUGUGAAAUUUCAUAAGAAAAGUCACACCUCCGAGAGGCCAUAUGAAUGCGAAAUUUGCGGAAAAGGGUUUCCUUUUCCUUCUUGGCUGAAGGAGCACUCGUUUUGCCAUACUACUGAACUGUUUUUCAAAUGCGAUAUUUGCGGACUAUCAUUUAGGUCACGCAAUGGUCUAAAAAAGCACACACAAAAGCAUAAUUCCAAUCGUGGAAGCAUCACAUCCGAAAAAAAUCUUGUGGCGCAUGUGGAUGCGUCUGAAGAAAAAUUUUUCAAUUGUGAAAUUUGCGAUUCAUCGUAUAAAUCAGCUGGUGGUUUGCGGAAACAUCAGAAAAAGCACUCCUUGGAGUUCUCGGAGAGCUCGCAUGAAUGCGAAAUUUGCGAGAAAACGUUUCCAUUUGCUUAUAGGCUACGGGAGCACAUGAUUAGCCACUCAAAUGAACGGCCUUUUCAAUGCAAUAUUUGUAGCUCAUCAUUUAAGACAUUUUAUAAUCUGCAAUCCCAUGGAAACGCUCACUCGGAAGAACGACCGUACACAUGUGAUAUUUGCGUUUUUGCGUGCAAGACAAACAGCGAGUUAAGGGCGCACGAAAAAACGCAAAAGCAUCUAAGGCGAAAAUUAAUAACAAACGAAAAUUGAUAAGUGAUACAAAUGGUCUUAGUCGAUUCGUUACAUACAAAAAAUAUUCAUUAACUAACGCAAAUAAAAUCCACUCUAACAGUUGCUACAAAUCAGACAUGUUUUUCUUAUUAAGUGCACAGUCACAGCUGCACUUCCUUACAUCUACCUCAGGAUCAAGCAAGUAAAUUGGAAGAAUUUGAAAACUGC